GCCUGACAGAGCAGCCUCCUCCCUGUGGGAUGCCGUUUCUAGAUAAUCGACUGUUCGCAACCUGUUCUGAUGACACUACAAUAGCACUUUGGGAUCUGAGAAAGCUGAAUACAAAAGUGUGCACUUUACAUGGCCACACCAGCUGGGUGAAGAACAUUGAGUUUGAUACCAAUACAAGAUUACUAGUAACAUCAGGGUUUGAUGGAAAUGUGAUCAUUUGGGACACCAACAGGUGCACAGAAGAUGGAUGUCCUCACAAGAAGUUUUUUCACACCCGUUUUCUCAUGCGGAUGAGACUAAUGCCAGACUGUUCCAAAAUGUUGAUCUCAACCUCCUCUGGAUAUCUUCUGAUUUUGCAUGACCUUGAUUUAAACAAAUCUUUAGAGGUCCGCAGCUACCCAAUAUUAAGAGCUAGGAGAACUACAUCAAGUUCAGACAUGACAUCUACCAGUUCAUCUGGUCCUCGAGCUGUUGGUUCAUGUCACUGUAAUGAUUUGGGUUCACUGUCUGAGAAAUACAUGUCACGAUCCUCACAGCGAGAAGGUGUAUCACCACGAAAUAGUCUGGAGGUUUUAACACCAGAAGUUCCUGGAGAUAGGGACCGUGGGAACUGCAUUACAUCACUACAGCUCCAUCCAAAAGGGUGGGCUACUCUUCUUCGGUGCUCAAGUAAUACAGAUGACCAGGAGUGGACCUGUGUCUAUGAAUUCCAGGAAGGAGCCCCUGUGCGCCCUGUCUCACUUCGUUGUUCUCUGCGAUUGACUCAUUGCAUUGAAGAAGCCAACGUAGGCCGGGGAUACAUCAAAGAACUUUGUUUCAGUCCUGAUGGUCGGAUGAUUUCAUCCCCACAUGGCUAUGGGAUCCGCUUGUUGGGGUUUGACACACAGUGCAAUGAACUUGUUGAUUGUUUACCCAAAGAAGCUGGUCCCUUGCAGGAAAUUCGUUCCCUCUACUCUCACAACGAUGUGGUACUGACAACAAAGUUUUCUCCAACACACUGUCAGAUUGCCUCGGGGUGCCUUAGUGGACGUGUUUCUUUGUAUCAGCCAAAGUUCUAGGCACGUCUUACAUCAACAGGAACUUAGAUAAUUACUUCAGUUUAGUUGAAGUGCAUUCUCCCUAAAAUCUUGUAAAUUUGGACAAGAUCAUAGUUUUUGCGAUCUGUGAACAUAACAAUGAAAUGAAUUCUCAUUCCAGCACUGUAUGCAUUCUGAUACUGCAUCCACAAGUCAAGCUCCAUGCAUUCUGUGUUCUGCCUUCCAUGCAGACCUCUGAUCCUGUGCCAUUGAGUCUAGUCUUUCUGGUUGUUUGCACAGUAAUGCUUGUUGGUCUUUCCUUUCAACAUGACUUAGGGUGGUCUAUCUGAAAGAAACCUAGGUGGGGCAUGGGGAAGAGUUCAACCAAAACCCACCCAGGUACCACCAGUACAACACCUCUUUGUCACAAAGGAACUGAACUUCCUUACAUAUACUUGCUUGGCCUUUUCUAUCGCUGAAACAUCUAUACAAUGAUUAGAUAACAGAGCUGGUUUUGUGCAUACCAGAUUAGUUAUUGCCACAAAAGAAAAAAAAUUUUGUUUUCAUUAUAUGAAUUUGAUUAUUUGUGAUUAGCUAAAAAAAAUUAGUCACCUUUCUGUAAAGGUUUUGCUGUAGUUAAAUCUUUUAAAGUUGUUUUUCCUUAACUGCAUGUAUUGUGUUUAUUGCCAGAGGGAAAAAUCCAGGAGAUGUAGCUGCAUUUUCCUCAGUGAAUUUAGUAGGGAAACACUGCUGUUUGGAGCAGGGAAACAAGAGCUGAAUAGGUAAACAGCUUGUCUUGUAAUCACUGCAGGCAAGCUGUUCAAAAUGUUUCUCAUAAAGUGACAAGUUAAAUUGGCCUCUGUUCAACAAACUAUGUUCCUCAGUCGCUAGGAUUUCUGUUACUUUUACUGUGGGAAGCUUUCCACCUUAAUAAUAUAAACCUUGAUUGCAUGUUUGAAACCUGAGACAAUGUUCUACAAAAUUUCCCACUGUUGCUAAGGCCAAUUCCCAACUGAAAUGUGUAAUAUUCUUCUGUACCUUGCACAGACCAUUUUCAUGGAAGGAAUUAGCCUAUGAUUUGUCCAUAGUUUUAUGAGCAGUAUCAAAUGUAUUAGCAGUUUGGAACAGGUGAAAAGCACAUGUAUUUAAAGAAAUACCUACUUAGAUUUAAUUGGUCUUAUCAUAAGAUGUAAAAAAAAAUGGAACAUUUAUCAUUAAUCCACAUAUGAAAUAUGAAUGCCAAGCUUUACCUCUCUUCAGUUAGUAGCAAUUACAAGGACAUUGUGUUCUGAAUAUAAAUUUUCUGCAGGAAAAAGUGUUUCGAUAUACUUCAAAGCCACCAGUAUGCAAGUGAAUGUCUGAUAGUCUGGCAUGAAAAGAAACUGAAUUCAGCUAUUAAAAGCCUGUGGUACCCAUUUCAUAAAACUAGGACUCAGACUACUCAAAUAUGCAGGACACACAUGAAUGAAACAAGCAUCGAAACUUCUGCAAGUAGUCGAUCUUCCAAUCUCCAUCUUGUUGGAGAUGCUUAAGGUA